AUGAAAUCCAGCCUUGCCGAGCGUCAACCUUAUAACUUAUCCUCACCAGUUGCGCUCCCAAGAGCGCGACCGUUGACGCGUCUCAACGCGCCUGGCAACACCAUGGCGCGUAAAGGCUCUGGUACAGAUGGCCCUCUACAGACAGCCCUCCUGGAAUCCACGUUUGCAGCCACGACAAGAGCUUCUGAAGGACAGAAGAUCUUCAGCCCUAUAGCUGCAUUCCUCGACAAACACCGCAGCCAAACCGCCGGCCUUGCCCCUCACCUACUGAGAGCCCUCACCGCUCUAAGCGAUGACCUCGCCUCAAUAGCCCAACAACAUUUCAACGCCUACAUUAGCGGUAUCUGA